UGGCAGUCCUCGAUACUACCUCGCCGGCGGUAACCUCGUCGGUAUUUAUGUACAUCGAGCGACGCUCGGCAGGGCCGAACACAGAGCACAAGUAGUCUCGCAGCGUGCUAUGCUGAUCAGUUAUUUCUAUUCUUGCUGCGAUGGAAGAUGCAGGCACCACAGUUUUCUACGACGACGAGGACGACUGUCUGGACUACGAUUGCUUGCACAACAGUGUCGAAUACGAUUACGAUUAUGCUGACUUGGAGAAGGAAACUCUACGUGAAUUGUACCAGUAUUGUCUCAGUCCUAGUCUCCAUGAUACAGGACAUUACAUAUUGCCUUUGUUGGGCAGCACAAUCUUAUUUAGACUGUUUAUUCACACCGAAUACAUAUCGCACAAAGUGUUUCAUAUACUGUCAGUCAUUAUAGGUUUAUAUAUUAUCCAGCAUUACGUGCAGGAGUCCUUAAUAGUAUUGAUAGUAUUCGUUCUAUUUUCCUACGGUGUUUUACACGUGCCAAAAAGAUGGCACAGAGGCGCAGGGAUCUUUUUACCAUCCCUUUUGAUAAUUGCAUAUUGUGAAUUUUCGAUGGAGCCAGUGAUAUGGCAUAAGAUACGAAGUGUGAUUAUGACCAUGGUAAUGAAAGCGAUUAGCAUUGCCAUUGAUACGAGCGAUUCGAACAACUUGCCAGACGUUUACAGCUUCAUGGGUUACAUGUUCUGCGGUGUGACUUGCUUAUUCGGACCGUGGGUAUCGUUUAAAGAUUACCUGUCGUUGCGUUGCUCCAACAACCAUCAGAUAAAAUGGUCGAUAAUAUGCGGUAUGGGGUUUGCCUUCCUUUCCUUCGUUUUUCUGAGCAUUUCAAAUUGUUGGACGCAAUGGAUAUUUGUUGAUAACUCUUGGAAGUGGUUAAUGGCGUACAGAGACGCAUUGUCCUUCAGAACAUCCCACUACUUCGUUUCGUACUUAGCUUCGGCACUGUUAGUCUUGGGAGGAUUUCCUCUUUCGUCAUCGACGAUAGUUAAGCCCUUGUAUAUCGAGUUUCCACGCUCGCUUGUUCAGGUUGUCAUUUAUUGGAACAUUCCGAUGCAUUACUGGUUGAAAACAUAUAUCUUCCGUCCUAGUAUCAAAAAUUUGGGAAAGUUCGGCGCGGUGACCGUCACGUAUCUGACAAGCUCUCUUUUGCACGGGUUGAACUUUCAAUUGGCGGCGGUGUUACUUAGUCUAGGAUUUUAUACCUAUGUGGAAUUUCAGCUCAGGACGAUACUCGCCGACACCUUCGACGCUUGCAUCGCGUCCAAACAGUGCUCCAAACAAAAAUGCGCGCACAAAUACAACUCUUAUAACUGCUGGUUGGUGUUUGUGACAAACUUGAUGUUUUCGGGAUUGGCGAUGUUCCAUUUAGCUUACUUAGGUCUCAUGUUUGAUAUAUCGGAUCUACAAGAAACCGGAUACAGUUAUAGCCACACGAUCAACAAGUGGGCUGAACUUGGAUUUGCUAGUCACUGGGUAGCAUUAGCUACGUUUUGCAUCUACAUUUUAAUAAAAUAACGAAUUAUUUUUUUAAGUUUUAAAGUAAUGUAUUAUUUUUUCAAGUUUUAAA